GUUGCCUCCACUUAUAAUGAGUACCGCUGCAGAAAUUACUGAAAAUUCAACAAGUAAAAUGAUUAUUAUGCCAACUAACUAUAGACGAAAAGGAAACUGUUCCAGGGCAACAUGGACCGAAGUAAUGUUAAAAAUGGCAAUGCAGGCUGUGCGAUCAGGAAAUAUGGGAGUGAAUGAGGCAUCCAGGGAAUUUAAGGUUCCUUACACGACACUUCGUAGAAGACUGGUCAGAGGUGAUACUAAAAAGAAAAGUCUGGGUUCACCAUCGGUUCUAGGAUUAGAAAAUGAGAGAAAAAUAGUCGAGGGGUGUCUCACUGUUGGAAUUACAUGUACAUUUUCUUGGUAGUCGCUGGCAGUCCUAGGCAGUCUUACGGCAGUCGCCU